UACCUUGACGGCCCCAGAGGACUGGCGUCUGCUACUUGCUUAUUGCCUCAUGUUUCACGAGUAGCCUCAUCCAACCGCCCUACUUACUUCAUCGUCGGCAGUACAUCUUGUGCAGAAGUCGAACUGCUCUCACCUUAGCAGGCAGUUGAAGUAUGUCACAGCACAACGGCAUCCCCCCGCAUCAAAGCAGACCUGGUGGCAGGUCUCACAUGGGUAACCUGAACCCGACAGCCGGCAACUUCAACCCAAACAGCAUGCCUCACUCUACCACAAGCACUGCCUUGGUCCCUCGGAACGAGCAGCCGAUGGAGCAAUCCGAUGACAACGCAGAGAUCCAUAUGCUUAGGGCACAACUAGCGAAUCUUGAGAACUUGUUUUCCAAUGAGCUCAUUCAGAUGCGCCGGGAGAUCGAUAUGCUGAAGAAAGGCGGUUGGACUGUCACUGUUGGACCCUUCCAAGCCCCCGACACGGUCGACAACUACGGCGCUGAUGCUAUCCACCGUCGUUUGGAGGACUCUAACAGCCUUCAACCUCUCACUUCGAGUUCCCAGCAACUACAGAUCGAACAGUCGGCACCAGAGAAUGCCUGCCAACCCACACCACCACAAACUCCAGACCAUGUCAAUUCCAGCGUUAGGCCUCUUGAUCCGGCCCAGACAUGUGAACAAUCAACUCAAACAGACGAGGUUCCUCAGAAAGCUGGGACGGCAUCUGGCUCUUUUGUUCAUGCUUCCACUUCAAAUGGACAUGAUGGAACACUUGGUGGCGAGCAAGACGAAAGCAUCGAGACCAGGAGAGCUGCCGCUGGUCUCACUUCUCAGACCAACGGACAGACAAAUGGAACUGUUCACAAGGCCCUUGCUCCUAAUGAGUCUGUAGUGGCUACGCCAGGCCCCGAACCGGAAGAGGAGUCGACGCCUGAUAAGCCAUUGCCAACUACUGAAGAUCCCGCCCAUGCGCUCAUGAAGAAGGAGCCCUCAUGGCAACCUCUCGGUAUCCGUGGUCUUCGUGCUCUCCCAGCAAGCGAGCUGUCGAAGGUCCCUGGUCCCUCUGCAAUGGUAGGUUUCGACCAUACUUUUAUUAAGAGGUUUUUUGGCGGUAGGCAAUGGUCGCCCGGAUUUCACUACGUCAAGGCCAAGGAGGGCCACUGCAUCCUCCCCAGCCGCAGCUUCUACAUACUGGACGCUGCAACGGAGCCGUACUUGCCUUCCAAGCCGGGAACGCAUGGCGUCAAGCUGACCGCCUUCUUCAACCCGGAGAACCCAGAGGAUGUCGACGGUAAAGUUGGCAGCCAUGCGUACGAGAACGUACCACUCUUUAUCCAGCACGUGGCCAAGGCCAAGGACAGCAGCAGCGGUGCGCCUUCCAACAACCUGAUCUACUUUGGCAUGUACAGUCAGUGCCGCUUCUCCGACAAGCUCGAUUACGACCGCAUGGUGGAGCGCGUGCCGCGGCACGUGAGGAUGUACUGGGCGGAAGAGCUGGCGAACGUUGCGCGCCCAGGAUGGGUCACUGACGCGCUAAAGCGGCACUUCUGCACGCCUCCGGCCUACGAGGGCCCAUUGCCGAACGCGGUAGGCGCGGAAGAGGCAGUUCUGCGCCAGGAGAUUGGCGCGCAUGUGCGUGAACUGACGGAGUGGGACGAGGAGGCGCGCAUCCUGGUCGCGAAGCUGACCAAGGAGAAGCUGUUGGAUGCGUUUGAGUCGGAGGAUUCGGGUGACCCGCCGGGACUGAGGUUGUGGUGGGAGUAUCUCGAAUGUGUGAACUGGGAUGAGAAGUUCUAUGAUAUGAUGGUCAAAGAGCAGCGGAAGUGGGCGGCGAAGGAGGGACGCUGGGCCGUCUGAUGAUCUAAUCUUCAGGAUACAUGGCCAUAUUGGAUGGCAUUUCUGCAGCCGGCAUUCCUUACUCACCAACACUAAUCACCAAUUAGGUCUGGCAUCCAUCAAAGCUACAACCACUAGCAAUCGGCAUCUCAGGCUGCAUUUUCUUCCUUCAUACUGCAGCGUCACAACAUCUUAAAGCAUCCCCCACGACUUCUUCGAACUCGACAUCAACUAACCAG